CGAGGCAACAGUGCCGCUCGCCUCGCUCUGUAGUUGUGUUGGGUGUGUUUUAGUGCUUGGUGGUAGUGAACUGAAAGUGCGUGUUCUCGCGCGGUUUUUGCUGCACUCAUCACUUGGUGUUGCAUUCAUGAUAUUGAAUGAGUGUUUUGUUCUUCUUUUAGGAUUAUGGAUACGUUGACGAUACCUUUCAUCAAGAAACACUGGGAAAAUGUGCUCAGGAAGAAAGAAGAGAUCUCUAGCUGGAAAAUGAUUUUUGUGAUAUUAUUAUCUCUCUUGCCUACCAUCUUGGCAGCGAAGAGCAAUGGCGAGGAUGGAAAAUACAAGACCGCCUACGCUUGCGAAGGCCGGCAUUUACAGAUCAGUUGCAUGCCGGGACACAUGAUCCAUUUACUACGUGCCAACUAUGGCCGCUUCAGCAUCAGCAUCUGCAAUGAACACGGGAAUCUCGAUUGGAGUGUGGACUGCACUUCACUAACAUCUUUUAAUGUCAUUAAAGAAACAUGCGGAAUGAAAAACAGUUGCACUCUUUCUGCGUCUCCAGAAUUAUUCGGGGAUCCGUGUCCGGGCACGCCCAAAUAUCUCGAAGCUCAUUACCAGUGUGUUCCAGAAAAAUCUGCAGUUACGCCUUCUACGAGCACGACGACGAGUACGAGUUCCAGCACCAGUACGAGUCGUCCAUCUAUUAUAAUCCCUGUUACGCGCAAUGCUCGUCCUCCGCACGCUGCGCCUCCGUCCCCGCCUCCUUCUUCGCCGCCAUCUGUGACGACGCCGGUGCCACCUGUGACGCUGCGUGACGCGACGUCGGAGGCAACCGUUUCGGCACCCACCGUCACCACUCUGCUCGUCGACGUCACGACGACAUUAGCCGAUAGUCUCCUGAUGAUUGUGAGUGGGACACCGGAAGCAUCAACCUCAGAACCAUCCACCGUCCACCUGUCUCGAUGGAGUCCGGAGAGCCGAGAAGACGACUUCUCAAUGAUUUUGUCUUGUCCACCUGUUGAAGCACGCGGACUCUAUUGGAACUGGACUCGUGCCGGACACAUCGCUCAGCACAGAUGUCCUGGUGGUGGAAACGGGAGAGUAAAGUGGCGUUGCGAUGCAGUGAAUGUGCAGUGGGUUCCGGAAGCACCAGAUUUUAGCGACUGCACAUCGUCGUGGGUGAAUAACAUUCUCUCUAGAAUAUCUCGAGGUGAUCCCAUUACAUCAUUAGCUGCUGAGUUGGCUGUUUUGACGCGAACAAAGGCGUUGAUGGCUGGGGAUAUAGUGCACACGGCAGACAUUUUGCACAGAUUAGUGGGCGAAAUGGCCGAAAGGACAAGAGUUAUGGACGACCCUCAGCAGAGACAGAGACUGUUGCUUGCGCUUCUUGAGGUGAGUGAGAAGAAAAGCGUGUUGGAAGUAAGCAGUAAUUUAUUGGACGAUAGUCAGCGACUUCCGUGGCACGACUUGAACCGAGAACAACAACAAAAGUCCGCAGCUGCUUUAUUGAAAAGCCAGGAAAGAAGUGGUUGGCUGCUUGCAGAGUCCCAUCACUCAAGAUACAGUCUGAGAAGUGGACAACCACAUGUUUUGGCUGCAGUACACGUUGUUGAAUCAUGGGACAUAUCAGAUGUAGUACUUCCUCCACCCCUCGAUACCACCUGGUGGAGAGUGGACGACAGGCUCCUUGUACCAGCUCCUGCACUUCUAGCCACAGCUAAACAAGGAGUGUCGCGUCUAGUACUCCUUGUUCAUCAUCGGCUUGGGGAUCUGCUUGGCUCAGAGGUGUACACAACUCAAGCGUCUUCUACAAAUGCCAGUAGAAUAGUUAAUUCUAGGGUGAUUGGAGCUCUUUUAGAAGGUCAUCGUGUUCUUAGUUUACCCAGACCAAUUACAGUUACUUUUAAGCACUUGCAGGUAGAAAACGUUUCUGAACCUCUUUGUGUAUUUUGGGAUUAUCAAAUAAGGAGCUGGUCAACUGAAGGAUGCUGGUUAAAGUAUACGAAUCGGAGCCAUACCGUCUGUCAGUGCAGUCAUCUGACGAAUCUAGCAGUCGUUAUGCACGUGACGGAGACUCAGGACCAACCGUUGGCAACUGACCAUGAGACUCUUCGAAUGAUUGUUUACAUUGGGUGUGCUGUAGCUAUGGUCUUUCUCCUUAUUACUCUUUUGAUUCUGCAAUUUAUCAGGUGUCUUCGAACAGAACGAGUUACCAUCCACAAGCACUUAUGUCUUUGCCUUUUGCUGGCCGAAGCAGCUCUUAUUGGUGGCUUGGAGCAAACUGAAGAACCGAAACUGUGCUCUGUUUUAGCAGGAUUCCUGCAUUACCUCCUUCUGGCAGCAUUUGCAUGGGCUUUCCUGGACAGUUUUCACCUGUACAUCUUGCUAGGGGAGACUGAAAUGCAUCCUGACAAAUGGAGGGUCAAGUGGUACUCUUGUGUCGCGUACGGGGUACCACUCAUUGUCGUGGCUGUUUCUGCACUCAUAGACCCUGCUAGCUACGGCACGGAAAACUACUGCUGGCUGAGAGUGGACAAUUAUUAUGUGUUUAGUUUUGGCGGACCUGCAAUAGCCUGCGCUCUGGCCUCUAUAUUGUUUCUCUGCAUGGCAGUCGGCCGAAUUUGGGCUCAAAGGAAUAGCACCAUCCCGAUUAAAAGCAAGGACCAGACAAAACUAACCGCUGUGAAUAUCUGGAGUGGUGAAGCGACAGUUUUACUUUUAGUCUUGUGCUCUACAUGGACACUGCUACCAUUGUUUCUCCAUGACGAGAAACCGCUCACUGCCUAUUUCUUUUUAGGACUAAAUAUUUUGCAAGGCUUACUAGUUUUCCUCUUUUAUUGCCUGAAUGCUGGAAAGGUUCAGAGCACAGAGGAGCCUCCAGGGCCAGACUGGCUUUGUUCCUGCCUGAGAGAUCCACCUCGAAGAAGGAGCCUGUAUAGCCCGCCCAACAGCUGCCACCACAAUUAUCCGCCUCUGAGAUGGAGUUUCCCGGAGCCAGGAGAAGCCCCUACCCAACAGUGUGCCACGCCCGACCAUCGCUUUGGAAGCAGGAGUUGUGAAGAACACCCGCUGCAGUACCUGUUGCGAUCCCCAGAGCCACACUCUCAGUGGGGCCAUGCCGAUGAUGGCAAUAGAACCCUCUGCUGCUAUCACCAGAACCAGGCACCUUCCCCGCACCAUCUCAUUAAGCAACAGCAGCAACUCCAACAGCACCAACAACUCGAGCCCGAGCCGCACUACGAGACCCUGGAGCCCCUGGAGGGGCCUCCUCGACCCCUCUUCAGCUCUCUGGCAGCGGUCCUCAGCAUGGGCACAAGCCCCGGCUCGCGUGGCUUGAGCCACGUGUCGCCGUGCCACGUGGCAUACUGUGGCAUUCAGAGUCCUACCGAUUCAGAGCAAUCGUCCAGCAGUUUCAUGGACACGCAGAUACGCCUGAGUCCAGCGGCGAGUUCGCCAGAGAAUGAUCAGUUGACAGACAGUUUGCCCAAUCUCCUGGACAGACGCGCUUGCUGUGGUGCCUCCUCAAUGCCAGCUUCAUUGACUUACUAGGCUCGUAUGGACAGAGAUGGUUGUACAUUGUGUGAUUAUUCAAGUCUCGAAAGAAAAUGUCCUUCGGGGUUUAAAAGAGCUUUCGGAAUUUCGGUGGAAUGCUUCAUGCAGGGGUGCACAGAAUAGAGCUGAAAAUCAUUUUUAAACAUAAUUUAUAGCUGGCUAUAAGAAUUUUGUUUUCAAUUACCCUGCUCAUUAUAUUGAAAUAAACGAAUGUAGCAAGACCUGGGGGCAAAUAAGUGUCCGGUUGUUGCCGUGAUAUGUGUUAUACUUCAGUCUCUUCAUUUUCAUCAUCAAAACGUAUGUACUUUAUGUCGAAAAAUGUCAGAACGUAGCCACCGAAUUAUGACAUGAAAUGAUUUCUUAAUUUCAUUUAUUAUCAUUAACUGUUCAUUAUAAUUGUCUGUUCAUAUCUAUUAUCAUGAGCUGUUCAUAUUAACUUCGUUUGACAUUUCAUAUGCCCGUACUUUGAUAUUUUGCAGUGAUUUUUAAGUAAAAAAAUACCUAUAAAACUGAAACUGGUGCACCCCUGUUUUACUUUGAACAAGAGCUUCGAUUUCCAUCAAAUCGAUGGAGUUGAAAAUCGGUCAAAACUGUGUGAUAUAACUUUAUAAUUUAAAGGAACAUCUUUAUGUAGCACGUAAUGUUGCUACUUUUAAUUAAUUCGGUGUUCAGUGAAUUGAACAGUAUUGGCAGAUAUCAUGAGUCAAUUCAAUGCUGACCACUGAAUGAUGCUGUGAAUCUACGGAAGAACUUUUCGCUUCUAACAUGUGGUGUGUGUGAUCUGCGUGAAUAUCUUUUCCAGUAUUUUCUUUCGUACUUCACGUGUUGUUUCCGCCGUUUUAUCAUCGCCCAAAACGCCUCGGCCGAUGAUUUAUUUUGACAUUUCAUGUGAUUUGAACUUCUAACGUAUUAUACCAGAUAUAUGCUGUUGAAUUGUGUUCAGUGUGCGUGUGGUGUUCCUUUCUCCGCAGACUACGCCAUCUAAAACGCCAGCACAUGUGAUCGUGAGUCUCAUUUUGCGCAUGGUGAAAUCAACUAAAUUUCUAAAUUGCAUUGAUUCAGUCUUCAGUCAUUAUCGACUGAAUCAUCAUUGGGAUUUAUUUGAUAUCUACUGUAACUGAUGGCCUUCACAAAAAAGAAGAAAAUUCUAUUUCUGAUUGAGCUUUUCGGUAUACUUUGUAAAUGUCGAUGUAAUGAAUAUAUGAUGUAUUUGUGAAAGCAGUUUGUUGAAUGAACUGCUGCCCGCAUGAUAAAAAAUAAAAGUGUAC